CGAAUUCUAUUUUGUCAGUAGGGUGGGGAUAAAUUCUGAGCGCCAAAACGAGGAAAAAGUUGUUUUCUUUGGCCUCGAAUUUUGAACGAAAGAAGAUGCAAUGCCAAAGUUGUCAGGAGAUUCUACGGUUCAAAGGGAGUUUCCCUAAUGAGGUAGAAAGGAAAGGAUUAAAUGGUGUUUUGUCUGUCGUCUCGUAAAUAAAAUCUCGACUGACAUGGACGAGGCGCUUCCUGGGUUCGAAAACCGAUCAGACGUCCAGCAGGAAACCUUGAAUUUGUCAACAAACUCCGCUCAAACGAAAGACGUUUUUCGCUCAGACGAACCUGUCACGAAUCGAAGGUCGGGCCAUUUGACAUCUCCAGGAACCAAGAGAUAUGGCAUGACUAAUUUUGACGAUAUAAAUGUUCAACAGGACUUGUUAGAUGAAUUCGACCCCCUGUCAUCACAUUCGAAUACGACUGAAAAUGACUUCAAUGACGGAGACCCAUCGGGGAAGAAGAAGACAUCUGUCCAAAGAUUGGACUCAAAGAAGAACAUGGAACCCCAUCGGUCAUCUGGGCUUAUCUUAGGUAAUAUUCAAGAAACAAGCUUGGCAGUUGCGCCGACAAAUUCUGGGGAUGAAAGGAUUUUGAGUGGCUGUCAGCAAACUGAAUACAGUGAACAGGUUUUUGAAAAUGGUGGAAAGUUGGAGAGAGGUGAGGUUGAUGAAGAUAUUGAUGGUGAAGCUGAGGUUGUGGAUGAAGGUAAGAAUUCCCAUAUUCAUCAAAGUAGCUUUCACAAGUUUUCAGCUUGUCUGCUUCUAUAACCUUUAAUAGUUGGGUUGAUUUAGCUUGCACUUUUAACUAGUGAUUAGAUCACCUCCCUGAUAUUUGAUAUAGGUGAUAUUUGUUCAGGUUAGAGUACUUUUAAUUCAUGUGGAAUGUUGUAAUACUGAUUUGACGUCGAUAAGGUAUUGAUUAACUACAGUCAGUUAAACUGUCUUUAUUCAAAGCAUGGAAAGAACAGCUAUCCAGUUAAGGAGAAUAAAGCUUUGGAGCAAAUUCCAUUCAUAUGUUUCUGUGCUCAUUACAGUACAUUUAUCCAUUCCAAAAUAUCAGGUUUUGUCACCAUAGCCUUUAGUUUUUGUGGUAUAAAAGGUGUUUUAUGCAGAUGGUCAACUUCUGAAAAACUGCCCUGUCUACCAUGAUGUGUGGGUAUUUUCUUUGUGUAUGUGUUUUCUUUCUUUGAACUAGAUGACAGGUUGUAAAACUCAAAUCCCACACUUUGGUACAUGUAAAAUAAACAUGUCCAAAUUCUAGGCGUGUGGCCACUUUCACCGAAUAGAUGUAUCAUUGGUCUAAUUAACAUUUCAUUUUGGGCUACAACAAGCAUGAUGUUUCCAGUUGUGUCUGAUACUCUUUCCAAGCUUCAUUUCAUUUAAUAGCCUGUAAAUACAGCUCAAUACUCAGUCCUUGCCACUAGGGGCAUUUCGUGGGGAACAUUUUGCCUCCCUAGUGUCAAAGAUCGGGGGAGACAGCUGUAUUCGCAAGCUACAUGUAUACUCAUGUGACCAACUUUCAAGAUUAAUUUUUAACCAGUCUCAACAGACACAGCAGAAGUGGAUGAAAGUGGAGGAAAUCCUACUCCCCAUCUUUCAACCUUGAGUAAAUUGGAUGAUGACUUCCGUGACAUUGCUCAGCAUCAUAUACUUUCAGUGGCUGGUAAGCAAUCAUAUUAUUAUUGUGAAAGGUUUGAACCCAGGAGUCAUUUCAUAAGAGGGUGGAGCAUGAUCACCCGAAGCAUGAGGACUGUUCCUAUUCAGGACUAUGCUCACUGAACAAUCAUGCUCCACCUUCUUAUGAAAUCUAUACAAUGUAGGGGAUUUUAGACCUACUGUACAGUGUUUUUACAGGUGACGUGAGGGCAGGUUUUUAACUGUAAUGUUUUAUGAUUAUCAGUGGUAGUGUCAUAUAUUUUGAGACACCAACAAAAAAGCAAGUUCUCAACCACUGUGAAUAAUAUAUUUUCUUUACAGGUGAUGAUAAGAGUGGAAGACCAGUUAUUGUGUUCUCAUCAUGCAGAAUGCCACCAAUAAGUUCCAUUGACCACACACGGUUAUUCAAGUAAAUAAUCUUACACUAUAAUACUCAGAACUCUUUAAUUACUAAUUAAAAUUAAUUUAUAAACGGUCUAAUUUACUAUGUAAAUUAACAAAUUAUUUAUUACAUAUCAACAUGCAAAGAAAGUAUUGCCAGAUAGCCCGUGGCUAGUGAAUUCUGUUUUUAUGUGAUCGUUUUUUAGGAAUUCGAAUAACAGAAGAACUGUGAGAUCAAUUCUGCUUCAAAAAGCUUUUGGGGCUAGUUGAAAUGACGUCUGGGCUAGUAGAUGUUAGCUUCAGCUUGCCGUAAAAAUGAUUUUCUUUGCACCCUGCAUAUUUAUAGUUAUUGCUUUGAAUGACAAAUGGCAAAUUUAUCACUCAUUUAGUUUAUUGAUAUACAUACCGGUAGGCGGCAUUGCAGAGGUGAUCUAACCCCAGCUAGUCAAGUCUGUGAAGUUGCUGAAAUCCUUUUUCUGGACCCCCUUAACCCUUUAAGUCCCAAUAGUGACCAACAUAAAAUUUCUCCUAACAUCAUCCAUACAUUUUCAAGAGAUAAGGUUAUGAGAAUUAACAAAACGAUCAAUAAAGAGAAAAUGCCUUGAUCUUUCAUUAAAUUCUCUCAACUAAUUCUUACAGGAAAUGUACGUAGAUCACUUUGGAGAAUUUGUACCUGUAUAUUAGGGCUAAAGGGUUAACAGACUCAAUGUAUAAUUAUACAGAACUGUGUGUUUUGGAUUUCCCUUCAAACAACAACAUUAUCAGGGCUCAACAUUAAAAAAAUCCUCAGGUCUCCUUUUGGCAUCCAACUUGAGAAAUAAAGUCGCCUGAUACAAAUUUUUAGUCCCCAGUUUGUGUAAUGUAAUCAUGAUGCAGCUUGUAAUAUGGCACGAUCCAUCAGGUUUGAUUGUUUGAAAUAUCGCGAACAGAAGUCAGUAUAAAUUUGGAGGUAAACUUGCUUUGUGUGUGCGAUUUGGCACAUUUUCUCUGAUGAAAGCAAAGCAAGAUAGGAUGAAAUGUUUGUUUUAACUUUACUCUUUUAAUUUAAAUUUAAAUCAUAGAGAAAUCUGGUCGCCAAAGUGGCGACUAAUCAACCAGAAGUUUUAGUCGCCAAGGAGAAAAUUUUAGUUGCAUCGGCGACCAUAUCAGUCGCAAUUUUGAGCCCUGAUUAUUGACAACUGCAGCUCAAUUUCUUUGUGAAAGCAGCUGCAUAUAUUAUAUUCUCAAUGAUACCCUUGCGAAAUCAAAACCUAUUUUCUUAUGCGGGCAGCACCACAGACAUUAAGUGUAUACUAUGCAUCUCAGAGCCAGCUUCAGGGUCAGUUUAAAAUGUUGCUAAUGAUAUAAAUCAGCCUAAUCAGACUCUCAGUUUUCCAAUAUUUGUGGUUUUGUUUUAUUGUAGGUAUUUAUUAUGCACAUUAGAUCAGUAUGUUGAGAAUGAUUACACCAUUGUGUACUUUCACUUUGGGCUUACCAGCAAGAACAAACCAGGCAUGUCAAAAGUCAUUCAACUCUACCGUGAACUGGAUAGAAAGUAAGAAGCAAAAACCACGUGGCCUUGUUUUAUUUGCAUGGAUGGUGUUCUUUUCCAGAGUGCAAAGGAAGUCGUGUCUAAUAGCCUGGGGCUAGUGGAUUUUGCUAUCGGGCUAGUGAGUUCUGUUCUUAACUUGCCCGAUGGGCAAGUGCUGUUUUUUUGGUGAAAUUCAAAUUACAGAAGCAUUGUAAUCAAUUCUGCUAGUCAAAAAGGGUUUUGGAGCUAGUUGAAGUGACGUGUGGGCUAGCACAUGCUAGCUACAACUUGCCUGAACGACGGGCUGUAAAACUGACUUUCUGUGCACCCUGUUUUCUGCAUCUGUCAGGAUCAUAUUGAUUUUUGAAUUUUUUUAAUCAAGUCACCUUCCUCCUUGAACAUCUCUGCUUCACUUCAAAUCAUUUCAAGUAAUUUUUCUGGUGCAUUUGUAACGAAUUUAGUCUAUCUACAGGUACCGAAAGAAUAUCAAAGCCCUUUAUGUAGUCCACCCAUCAAGUACCAUCAAGCUGAUAUGGGCAACCCUAGCGAAGGUUUUAAGGUACAAGAUUUAUCAGUAAUUUAUUGUAUUCGUUCUUUUUUUCCUUUUUUCCCUCUUUUCUGCUCAAUGCACCCUUUUCCAAAAUGGUAGCAAUGCCUCUUGUUACCAACUGUAUUAAUAUAUUUUUUUAAAUUUUUCAUUCUUGAGUUGCUGCUGAAAGUUUUCGAAAAUUUUUUGUUCCCUAAUUUUUACUUCAUUUUUCCCUUUUAUUUUUUGUAAUAACUUGAAAAUUCAAUUUAUAUACUAAGCCUUACGGAAAGCAAUGGGGGCUGUUUCAUUUCUAAAGCUGGGUACAUUCACUUGACAUUCUUUUUCCUUUUCAAUCAAACCUGAUGCAUGUUUCAGUGAAUGUGAACUGUGGUGCAGUAGUGCACAAUUGUCGGCGAAAUUAAUGAUGAGGCUCUUGUUUUGCAGCCCUAAGUUCUCAAGGAAGUUGUUUUAUAUAACAAGACUUCAAGAUCUGGCAGAUAUUGUUCAUCUUGAUCAAAUUGACAUUCCUAAGCAAGUAAUGGAGUAGGUGUCUCUCUUAUGCCAUUAUAUGUUACAGGUCAAAAUUAAAUUCAGGUUAAAAUUUUUUAAACCAGGUUGAUUCUCAUUUUCCUUUGUUUCCUAGCCCUAAUUCAUGAAUAAUUAGGGCUAGGAAACAAAGGAAAUGGAAAUUGUGAAUCAAACUGGAUGAAAUACAAGCCCUUGGAUUUCAUGGUAACGAAAAAAAAAAACAGAAGUAGUUUCCCAGUGACAUUUUCAGCCGUAGGGGUCAAUUUACAGAAAUUCUUUUUUUUUCAAUAAGUAGUUUCUUAGAAAUCGACUUUGAGAUAAAUAUUAGCGAUAAAAAAUCACGACGUUUCGACCUCUCC